AACGUUAACUGUUUAUGUCUCAGUGGUCAUUUUUUUGUCAAGCACACCACAUCUACGUAAUACUAAGUUAUUAACCGUAUCUCGAGCCGACGCGGGAGUUAGAACUCUAAAACUGUGAAGAUGCAACCUGCAGCAGCUAAGUGGUAUGACAGACGGGACUCUGUUUUUGUAGAGUUUUGUGUGGAGGACAGUAAAGAUGUGCAAGUAAAGUUUGACAAAUCCAAAUUUGAUUUCAGCUGUCUCGGUGGAACAGAUAAUGUUAAAUACCAGAAUACAGUGGAACUUUUCGGGGAGAUUGACCCUAAAGAUUCCAAACACAGACGCACAGACAGGUCUGUGUUGUGUUGUUUACGAAAAGUAGAGGCUGGAAAAUCAUGGCCAAGACUCACCAAAGAAAAGACAAAGUGCAACUGGCUGAGUGUGGAUUUCAAUAAUUGGAAAGACUGGGAAGAUGACUCUGAUGAGGACUUGUCAAGUUUUGACAAAUUCUCAGAGAUGAUGAAUAGCAUGGGAGGGGAUGAUCUACCUGAUUUAGAUGGUGCAGAAGAUGAGCAUGAAUCUGCAGACAGCGAUGAUGAUAAAAUGCCCGACCUUGAGUAGAUGCACAUGGACACCACCUCAGUAGUAAACAAAGCAAGUUAUAAGUUUGUUGAAGAGAGAGGUUGGACAGGAGUUGGCAGCCACGUUGGGAGAGGAAACCUCAUCUCUCCUAAUAGUUUCCAAAGCGAAACCCCUCAAGGGAGUGACUGUUGGAUACAGACAUGCACAGAGAUCCAUAGCGACAUACAGUGCUGUGCUGUGCUUUGCUGUUCUGUUCUGCAUGGACAAUUCUGUUCAAAAUGAAAUGUUAAUGUUCAUUGACUUAAAUGACUGUGGGAUGUGCUGAUGUCUUACACCUUCUCUCUGUUUUUUUUUUUUUGCAAUGUCAGGUUAUGUAUAGAACAUUGUAAUUUCUAAUGAAGAAAAAGAACUAAAAAUGCCUAUUUUCCAAACAAAUUUUUUUUAAUGACAGGUUUUCCCUUUUUAAUGUUUGUAUUGUAAAUUGCACUUAUUUUGUUUUGUUAAUUUAAGAGUUUCCGCUUGAAAUGGGUUUUCCAAUGUAUGACAACAUCUGCAAAUAUUUAACAAUAAUUUCUCUAUUGUUUUUUUUAAAACAUCUCAGCAUUUAAAAUAAACAGAUAUGCUUGUGCAAUUUACAGCUUGUGUUGAGAUUAUGGUAGUAGAGUGGUACAAUCUUUGCACAUAGUCAAACCUUUGCAAAGGUGAGUUUGUUUCUCUGUGUAUAAGAUAUUGCACAUUGUAGCAGGUAUAAAAAGUAUACUUAAUUUUCUUCCAUAUGCAUUCUGAGGUGAGGGCAGAAAUCUAAUGUACCCAGCGAAGAGAUUCCCCAAAUACUUAAAAAAAAAACAAAAAAAAAAAACAGCACAGGUUACACAUGUUUGUUGCUCAGAAACACUAGAACUAUGCUUUGGACGGUUGUGUGUUUCUCUCAACGUGUUGAACACUUGUGUUUGUCCUAUGCUGUGGGAGUUUGGGUUUACAUUUCUAAUAAACUUGUUUCAGACCCUUGUAUAUCAAACUUAAAUAUCACCUUUUCAAGUUCCAAAAGAGAUUAAAAAUCACCAAAGUUUAACUGUAAAAUGAUUAUACUAUAUUAGGGAGUGUGAUCUCGGUAUCCAGCAAUAUUGAAAAGAUAGGUUCUUUUUCUUUUGUUUUUUUCUCAGAUCUGUAUUAAAACAGUACUGACAUGCA